AGUUGGGCAGCACAGUGAGUGGAGUGGACAGUGAUGUGAGUGGACAAAGGUCAGUACAUGUGGUAGCCUACAGAAGUCAUGUCACCACUAGUGGUGACUGUUACUUGGAUAACAUACACACUGUCACUAGUCCAGUGUGUUCCAUCCUUCAUAGAAAACGAUUCUAUUGUAUUCCCAGAGGUGGACAAUGCUACAGCCCCUUCAGAUAUCAGUGCCAAACUCAAAGAGUGUUUGAAGGAUUACAUUUUUAAAAUAGAGUUUAACGGUGAGUGCCAUUCUGUAUUGACGACGGAUAAGACAGUUUGUGCUCAUGGUCAAUGGUUGGUUCUGGAUUUUAACUCGGCUUCAUUACCGAACCCCGUGAUCCGAGGGAAGUGUGCGGUGAGAAGAUGCCCUCCGCAGUACCACUUCUGGGUGCACCAACUUGCGUGUGUUCACAACAACCAGAGUAGUUUAUACUGUCCCUUCGGGAGUGUUCUUGACACAGACUAUUUUGGAGACGGGUUUUGUAACUGUAUAAAGUCACCAGUGCACGUCAGAGAGAGAAAUACAGACCUUUGUUACCCAGUAUUUAAGCGCGGGCCGUGUCCCCAGGAUAGAGUUUGGGUUAAAGGUGGUUGUCUCUUGGACAACUGCACGAUCGCCAGAGCCCGCUAUCCACAAAAAACUAUCUUAUCGUGGAGUGACGGAAAGUGUUACGCUGUGAAUGAACGAGGGCCAUGCAAGGGAGCUACGGAAGUGCUGCGCAUCAACCCGUAUACGGCGAGGCCAGAAUGUGAAGACCCUAAAGCUCCCCUACACCUUGUAGACGCACCCUGUACUGGAACUGAUCACUCAGGAAAAUGUACUAAAGCCGUCAGCACACCACAGAACGCUUUCUACUCUCAAGUCGCUGAGCAGGCUAGUAAAAAAAAGACUAGAAACGUCAGUCCAAAGUGAUUUGAUAGUUACGGUACUGUAAAUAUUAGGGUCUGUAUAAACUAAUUAAUUUGUAAUAAAAUCUAAACCUGAUACAAUUAUUUGCCAGGUUUCUAUGUUUACCUUCUUGAUGAGUUGUGCUCCUUAAACUUAAAAGAAAAUAGGAAAUGUGACUCAUUUAGAAAUAUACUGACUAAUAAUGUUUCUCUAUUUUUGUAAAUAAACCUUGGUAAAGACAAAGGACAAGGGAUUUUAGAAAAUAUCAUAAACUAUUGAAUACCAAAAACAAUCAA